CUGGCAGAGUGGAACAGUUUUCAGUUUAAUACUCAGUACGGUCCACGACGGGUGGUGCUAUGAGUUUUCACUGCGACUGGGAAAAUCACGGUUUAGAACGGAAAAUUUCGCUUAUGUGACAGGUCGCGUAUUCGGAAAGUGCACCUUUCGGGGCUAUUAGGAGUGAAACAGUUGAAAACGAACCAUGCCGGCCAACUUCAAGAAAAAGAAACAUCGGAAACACAAACCCCAUAAUCGGCAGCAUGCAUCCAGCGAUGUGGAAGAUGAGUCAGGGGAAUGUUCAAGCAAGGAAAUUUCACUUCCUGCGCCCCCAGAGGAAAACAAUAAUAAACCAUACAUCGUGCGAUAUUCCGAUGUUUGGGGUCGGUAUUUGGUGGCGGCUCGCAAUCUGAAAGCAGGGGAAAAAAUCAUCCAGGUCGAACCCUUAGCAAUGGGCCCCUGGGCAGCCAGUGAUCCUGUGUGUCUCGGAUGCUACAAACGAUUUGCAAAAGGUUCCAAAAUUAUUAGAUGUUCCGGCUGCGGGUGGCGUAUUUGUUCUCAUACUUGUAGUGGCUUAACUGCCAAUGGAGCUCACAAAAGGCUGGAAUGCAAUCCUCUCAAAGAGCAUAACGUGGUGAAUCUUCUUGAAACAAGCUCUACCGAACAGAUAAAGCUGAUGUAUGAAGCUAUUUUUGCCCUCCGCUGUCUGCUUCUGAAAAAGACUGACCCGGAAAGAUAUGCCACGCUGCUGGAAAUGGAGUCGCUCAAUGAACUGCGGCAGAAAAUUUCUUCGCUCUGGAAACGCAAUCAAGAAAUGAUUGUCGGUCGGAUUCGCGACGAGUGGAGAUUCGACGAAUUUUCCGAAGGCGAGAUUCAUACGGUGUGUGGUAUAAUUGAGGUCAAUUCGUUUCAGAUUGGGCAGGACGAUGUCUAUGCACGGGCACUGUACCCGGAAGCAUUCUAUAUCAUGCACGACUGCACCCCAAACACCACCCACACCGACGAUCCAAAAACUCACGUUCUAUCGAUAAGGCUGACCAAUGACCUGAAGGCAGGCGAUCCAAUUACACUUUCCUAUUCAUACACACUGCAAGGAACGCUUAAGCGAAGGCAACAUUUGUUCGAGAGCAAGUUUUUCUGGUGCCAAUGUAAACGUUGCUCCGACCCAACAGAGUUUGGCACAAAUUGCAGCACUAUUAAAUGCACAAAAUGCCCCAAAGGCUACAUUCUUACCACGAAUCCUUUGGAUCAAGACGCGGAUUGGAAAUGCAAAUCUUGCUCACAUACCAUGCCAGCGAAAAUCAUUGUGCAACUUCUGGACAGACUUUUCAAAGAACUAGAUGCUAUCGAUGGAAACAGUAUCGAUUUGUACGAACAGUUCAACGUAAAGUAUCAGAACAUCUUACAUCACAAUCAUUAUCUGUUUCUGUCGACAAAACAUUCCCUUUGUCAACUCUAUGGUAAAAUAUCUGGUUAUCUGAUAUCGGAAAUGAGUCUGCAACAAAUUAAACAGAAAGAAAAAAUCUGCCGUGACUUACUGUCGGUAGUAGACGUAUACGAACCAGGCCUAAGCCGCCUCAGGGGUGUCAUCAUGUACGAGUUGCAUGCGCCUAUCAUGGUCCAAAUUAAAUAUCAAUCAGAAGCUGGCCAAAUCAAUGCUAAUCAAUUAAGGCGGAUGCUCACCGAAGUGAUACAUUUACUCAAACAUAGUUCCCAGAUUCUGUCUUUUGAGCCACCUGGUUCACAGGAGUACGAAAUGGCCGUGGCUGCACGUGAAGCUUUACAAAAUAUGCAAGCGUAGCAUCAGACUAGAUCAUUCAUAGUAUGAAAUUUUUAUUUAGAAAAUUACAUGUUUAAAAAAUGUGAUAACUUUUGGAAUAAAACUCAUCUAGAAUCAUACAGAAUAAAAUAAAAAUGCAUUGUUUCAUUAUGGUCUG